UCUUCAAACGAAUUAUUCGUUAUUCAUUUGUAAAAACAAAAACAAUAUUAUAAAGAGCAUAGUUACGUGUUAAUGUAUGUUUUAAAUUAAUUUUCAUGAAAGAAGAUCGAAGAUCUUAUAAGAGUCUAUGGUCAUCAUAGUCAUUGGCACGGAAUUCUUUUAUCUGUUCCUCCAUGUGUCAAACUAACCAUGUUUAGACGUAUUAAUCGUCAUAAAUGUUAAGUAGAAAUCUAAAAAAUGGUGUCGAUCAUUAAAAAUCAGUUACUUAAACACUUAUCAAGAUUUACUAAAAAUCUAUCGGCUGAUAAAAUAAAUUUUAGUACGUUUAAGGGAGAAGGAGAAUUAACCAAUUUAGAAUUAGAUGAAAUUGUUCUUACAGAUUUAUUAGAACUUCCGUCAUGGUUAAGAUUAACGAAUGCUUGGUGCAAUAAAGUUUCUUUUCGUAUACAAUGGACCAAGUUAAAGAGCGUUCCUAUUUUGUUGAAAUUGGAUGAAGUUCAUAUUGAAGUAGAAACAUGUGAAGACUUAAGAAAUAUGUCUUCCAAUCAAGGCCUGUCAUCUUAUGCAGGUCCAGCAAAAUAUUCUCUUAUCCAUAAAGUGAUCGAUGGCAUUACAGUUACUGUUAAUAAAGUAUCAGUUACUUUUAAAAGUCCUGCUUUUAUUGGAUCUGUAGAGAUGAAUCGCAUUGUCGUUGAAUCUAAAUCACCUGCAUGGCAACGUUGUGACUUAAGAACAACAAGACUAAAAGAUCCAGAUCGUGGCCAAUUGUUGAUUUUUAAAGAAUUAGUAUGGCAGACUGUAAGAAUAGAAGCUAAAAGUACUAGAGAUACAAAUCUGUCACCUCUUCGUUUACUUACUAAUCAGGCACGAUGUUUAAUUACUAUAAAGAAAAGAAUAUCAGAUUGCUUUAUUAUGGGUUCAAGAUUGAUACUCAUAUUAGAUGAUCUCUUGUGGGUUUUAACAGACUCUCAAUUAAAAGCAGCAUUACAUUUCAUAGAUUCUUUAGGAGGUCUCAUAGAGAAAGCAACUAUACUAGAACGAAAAACAAAAGCGGCUAGAAAGUUAGAGGUCUUACCAGAAUAUCAAGCACAAAUCUCUCAACGAAGUAGAACAAAAAAUCAAUUCAAUACACCAAUAUCAAAAUUAUUUUCAAAACAUGAUGUUGUAGAAACUUCUUAUCACUUUUGGCCUCAGAGAAUUGAUCUACAUUUGUGUGAUGAUGUUGGUGCAGGUAGAUCAUUACAUCCUGAUUUAAAGGAUGGUGGUGCUCUACAAAUAUGUUUAGUCAAAUUCUAUAUUGAUUACUAUCCGUAUCAUUUGGCAAUGGCUGAUAGAAAAGAUUGGAUUAAAUAUAGAGAAAAUGCUACGCCACAUAGUCAAUGGUUACAACAAUCAUUGAGUUCUUUCAGAAGUCAAUUUAUGGAUCUGAUUGAUUCUGGGAGAACACAACAUUCUCCAUUAACAAGAAGUCAAGGAAAUGCUACAGGCAGUACUACAAAGGGUUCUGGAGAAAAUUUAGAAAAAAAUAAUCAAUCACAGGGUGCAAAUGUAGGAUCUCAAGAACAAAAAAAGUUUCAAUAUUCUAGCGGAAAUCCAGUAAAAAAUUAUGUUCUCGAGCAGCUUGCAAAAUUAAUGACAACUUGUAUAGUCAUUAGAAUUGAUGAUUUUACGUUAUUCAAAGUAACAACCGCAUCACGCAAGUCUAUACCAAAGGAAUUUAUUACAGCUCAAUCGAGGAAGAAACGUCCAUCAGGAGAUCGAGAUAAAUUCUGUCUUCCUGAAGAUUUAACUAUUCUUCAUGGAGAAUUUAUUUAUUACUAUUAUCCUGGAGAUAUUACUUUUCCAUUGCCACCACCAAAAUUUUAUGUACAAGUAAAUCCAAUUCAAGUAAACUUUGAUGUAUGCUCCUGCCUUUGGUUUAAUUCUUUUCUAUUAAAUCUGCACCAUUCGCUUAUGAAAAAGAAUGAGACAUCAAAUUUAAAAAAUAUUAUGUAUUUUGAUGUAAAGAUAGAAGCUAUUCUUCCAAAGAUAGUUUUUGAAAAUCAGCAGGAUUAUCCGAAUCAAAAAGAUAGACCUAAAUCCUUGCACAUUCAGACUUCUAGGGCAUUGAUUACUAAUGUCCGAUCGGUGGAAAGAUCUUCAAGAGCUGACUUAGCACAAUGUUUAAACACAUUUCAAUUGGGCCAAAUGUUUUUUGGAGCUGAAUUCCCAAGCAAAGAGAAUGAUUUUCAUGUUGUAACUGAUAAAUUUUUAGCACAUUGCGCAGGUACAGAUAAUAUUAGAUCUGCACCACCAACAUUUACCAGUAAUUCAGUGAACGAAUUAAUUCGACAAUUACAUCGUGAAUUUUUAUGGACAGAAGCAAAAGAUGUUUGGUGUUGCAAUUUAGAACCUGUUUGGGGUGACUUUUUUGGUGCUAGAGCAGUAGGACAGAAUCGUCCAGUACCAUUCUUCGAUGCAUUUCCUUUAACCUUUUGGUGUCAUAUGAAUUUAGAAUCAGUAACUACAAAAACCACUUCUACUGCAGAUAUUCAUGGACUCGCAUAUAUAAGCAAUUUAAUUAGCAUACAAAUAAAUCAUUAUCAAUAUCUUUUCUUAUUAAGAUUGUCAGAAGUUUUGUCCGAAUUGACUACAUAUUUAGCUAUCGAUUCAAAUAAGAUAUUGAAUGUUGAAUCUAGUGGUUCAUUAAUUAUUGGUGCUUUAAUACCACAAAUAGAAAUAACUUUUGUAAUGCCUUCACAUACUCCUGGGAAAGAAAAUUCUGGCGGAGAUUUGGAAUCUGUUGUACCUGAUUCAUCUAGUAUAGCUGAUGAUUUUGCUGGAUCAUCUGCUGCUUGGCAUAGUGCUACACAAAAUGCGAAAGUUGACUUCAGCACAAAAAGAAUGAACACAAGUAAUGACGUUGAAACGCCACAAAGUGAAGUAUCAUCGAUGUCUAUGGAUUUUACACAUUCUGUCUUUAUAGAGCAACCACCAGUUGUUACGUUUAAGCAAAAUGACAAUUCAGAUAAACGUGAACAUAUACAUACGAGUAUCGUUCCUGAAAAACAGCAUACAAUAGUAGAAGAAGAAAGUUUAUCAUUAAAACAAGGAGGAGAUGCCAUACAAAAACAUAAUAAACCGGAUUUGAUACCAAAUACACCUUUCAUUCCAAAUAAUUUUAAUGUUGGUUUAUCUUCUAUGAAAAAAGGAUUUAGUAAUUUAAUGACAUCCAUUGAUUCGGCUUUGAAAGCAUCUCCUGAAGAUGGUAGUAGUGAUACUGUAUCAAUGAGGAGUGAUAUAAGCUCGGAUAGCGAAAAUUAUGCAUUAAUUAAUCUUCAAGAUCAAGACAAAUUGGAAGGAAUAUUUACAAUUGAUAAUACCAUUAGAAUAACUGCAGUGGAAGAGGCCAGUGAAGUAGUAGAGGAAACGCCAGACACGCAAAGUGAAAAAUCUGUUGAUAGUGUUUGCAAAAGAAAAGAUAUAAUAUCUGUUACCACGUUUAAAUUAUCCAAAGUUGAAUUUAUUCAACAAUCUUCUGGCUACUCUUCAGCUAUAAAAGUUCAAGUGUCAAAUAUAAAAAAUGACGAGUGUCCAUCUAUUCCGUGGGACGAAUUUCAGGUCAAGAGAAAGACAAAAUUCAGUUCUCGAUCAAGAGGUUGGGUCGAACUACCAUCAGACUCGGAUUGUAGAACGUGCAUCAAAUUACGCUUAGAUCAUGAUUUAAAAAAUAAAGAAGAUUCAUUGAAAUUAUUCCAAGCUUGUCAGAGCAAUAAAACUACUAAUGAAUCAUUGGAAGAGAGUAAAGUAAUCAAAGGGCCAACUGAUAGUAUUAAUUUAUUGGACAAACAGGGAAUCAUGGAUUUAUUCGAAGAUACAUUGGAUAUUAAUGUAACUGAUGUAUCUAUGACACUAUCCAUGAGCUCUGUUACAGGUUUAGCAGAUUUAGCAGAGGAUGAAAUUAUACCUAAACCUAUCCCAAUGCAGGUAUAUCUCGAAAGAAUAUAUCUUCAUUUGAAUGAAGAUCGGCCUCCAAACAAUAUAACAUCACCAGGUCCAAUUCCAAUACAAUUGAAUAUAUCAAAACUUAGAAUAACAAGGGAUAUAAGCGGUGCCUUUACUAUUGAACCAGUUGUAACUAUAUCGGAUAAAAGUAAUUCUGAUAAAUUGAAUUCAAAUGGUAGAAAUCAAAUUUUUAAAGACGAGGAACGUGAAGUAGAAUUGAAUUCUUUAAGACAAACCAGUAAACAACUGAAAUCUGAUAAUGAGGAACUCAGGCGACGUCUUGGAACUUUAGAAAGACUUUCAGAAGAAAAUACAAAAUUAUUACGCAUAAAGGAAGAAUCAGAUAAGAUUAAAACUCGUUAUAAUUCUGCACAAGAAAAUAUUGCAAUUCUUAUUAAUGACAAAGAAAUAUUAUUAAAAAAAAUAAGCGAGCUUCAAAAUCAAAUCAUGGGUAAUGGACCAGGAGGUAGUAAUAGAACCUCAUGGUCUAUUAAGAGAUAGCAUACUGGCUGUUUUAAUUGUUCUAAAUGUUGCAGCUCUGUUCUUCAAAAGGCUAUAAUCUUCUAUUGAUUACUAUCAGAGCCAUAAACAGAUAUGUAAUUUGGUACGGACAAUGAUGAUAGGAAUAUUUCUUCCAGAAUAUGGCUUUACUUGUAACUAUAAUUAUUGUAAUUGUACUAUAUUUAUCUGCCAUAUAAAGCUAAGAACUGCCGUUCAAUUUAAUGCAAAAUGACAAAAUGAGGCAGUAAGUAUAUAUAUCUAACUAUAUGACAUAACAUUUGCUUUUAUACAAAACAAAAGUGAUUGUAAUAAUUAAUGUCUGUUUGGAAUUUUUAUUAAUGAAAAGGUAAUGAAAGAUAUAUAUAUAUGUAUAUAUAUAUAUAUAUAUAUAUAUA